CCCCAAUAUACAAUCUGACGGAUUUUAUAGCAGGAAAAAUGUUAUCUUUCGAUGUUCGACGAUCCGAGGAUAGAAAGAAUGGGAACUGGUCAAUCGGGGCAGGAAGACCAUUUCCACCAGAUCUUCCGGAUAGAGAGCGUUAUCUCGUGGACUUUGAUGGGCCUGAUGAUCAAUCCAAUCCCCAAAAUUGGCCAUCUAUUACAAAAUUUUUUGUCUCUGUACUGGCUUGCUCUGGGACAUUUGUUGCUACGACGAACAGUGCGAUUUUUUCUCCCGCGAUUGACCAAGCGAGCAAUGAUUUUGACAUCGGAGUCGAAGUCAUGACACUCGGUACAACUUUAUUCAUUCUAGGUUUUGCAACGGGACCAAUUAUCUGGGCACCAAUGUCUGAGCUUAUGGGAAGAAAAUUCCCUUUGGUAAUUGCCAUAAUGGGUGAGGCGAUAUUCACGAUUGUCUGUGCAGUUGCCAAAGAUGUUCAGACGCUUCUCAUAUGUCGAUUCUUCGCUGGUGUAUUUGGUGCUAGCCAACUAGCCGUUGUACCAGGCUUGCUUUCCGAUCUGUAUGACAACAGACAUCGGGGUGUCGCCAUUUCUCUAUAUUCUUUGAUAGUAUUUGGGGGACCAUUGCUUGCUCCUAUCGCCGGUGGUUAUAUAACGUCGAGUCAUCUUGAUUGGAGAUGGACGCUUUACAUACCGGCUUUCUUCGCCCUAGGCAGUGGAUUGCUUUCCUUUUUCUUUCUUAAGGAGACAUACGCACCAUGCGUCCUUGUUGAAAAGGCUACUUUGAUCCGGAGAGAAUCAAAAAAUUGGGGUAUUUACGCAAAGCAAGAAGAGGUUGAGCUUGAGAUCUCUGAUGUUGUUCAAAAGUACCUUACACGGCCACUGAGACUACUCUUCACUGAGCCUAUCCUUUUUCUUAUCACGCUCUAUAUGUCUUUCAUUUAUGGGUUGGUAUAUGCAUUGUUAGAGGCAUAUCCAUACGUUUUUGAAGUUAUACACGGCAUGGACAGAGGUGCUGCUGGACUGAACUUUACCGGCCUCAUCGUCGGUAUUCUUUUAUCAGUUGGAUUUAUUGUCUCGCAACAAAAGCAAUAUACCGAAAAGCUGACAAACAAUGGAAACAUACCCGUGCCUGAAUGGCGUCUAUAUCCGGCAAUAAUCGGUGGCCCUUUGUUUGCUAUUGGACUUUUUUGGUACGCAAGACUGAUUUAUAAAUAUCGAAGAACUAUCUGAUUCAGGUUUAGGUUUGGUUGGACUGGUUUCACGCCUAAAAUUCACUGGAUCGUGCCGGCGGCCGCCGGUGUGCUGAUUGGAUUUGGUGUACUCUGCAUUUUCCUUCCGUGCUUUAACUAUCUUCUGGAUGCCUAUUUACCAGUUGCUGCGUCUGCUGUAGCAGCCAAUAUCAUUCUCCGUUCGGCCUUCGCUGCAGGCUUUCCCCUCUUCACUCGGCUGAUGUUCGAAAAUAUGCAAGUACAGUGGGCAAGCACUCUACUCGGGUGCUUGGCCACGAUUUUAAUCCCAAUCCCGAUUGCCUUCAAGAAGUUCGGACCACGGCUGCGAGGUGGGUUUCACUAGGCUCUACUCAUCCGUGGGCAGUGAACCCCACUCCUCUUCGUUUAUAAAAAGACCUCUGAAGUGGAACGCAAUAUUGCCA